AGGUGGCUAUUUUUAAUGCAGUAGUGUCAUUAGCUGGCUGAAGACUAAACAUGAGAAUAGCAGGUGCUGCAAAGUUGGUAGUAGUCGUAGCAAUUUUCUUACUGACGUUUUAUGUCAUAUCUCAAGUGUUUGAAAUAAAAAUGGAUGCAAACUUAGGACAUAUAUUUGCUAGAUCAGCACUGGAUGCAGCUGCACGCUCUACAAAACCUCCAAGAUACAAAUGUGGGAUCUCGAAAGCUUGUCCUGAAAAGCAUUUUGCAUUCAAAAUGGCAAGUGGAGCAGCAAAUGUAGUUGGACCUAAAAUUUGUGUAGAAGAUAAUGUUUUAAUGAGUGGAGUUAAAAAUAAUGUCGGCAGAGGAAUAAAUGUGGCCUUGGUCAAUGGUAAAACAGGAGAACCAUUAGACACUAAAUUCUUUGACAUGUGGGGAGGAGAUGUGGCACCAUUUAUUGAAUUUCUGAAGUCCAUCCAGGAUGGAACGAUAGUGUUAAUGGGAACAUACGAUGAUGGUGCAACCAAGCUUAAUGAGGAAGCACGGAAACUGAUCGCUGAAUUAGGAAGCACAUCUAUUACUAACCUUGGCUUUAGAGACAACUGGGUCUUCUGCGGUGGAAAAGGAAUUAAGACUAAAAGCCCAUUUGAACAGCAUAUAAAGAACAACAAGGACACAAAUAAGUACGAAGGCUGGCCAGAAGUUGUUGAGAUGGAAGGCUGUAUCCCUCAGAAGCAAGAUUAAAUGAAAACAAAAGGAAAGGAGAGCAAAUAUGGAAGAAAAUGCACUUUCUGCUAUUAGUAGGGAGAGGGCUAUGAAGGAGACUGUACUGUAAAUAAUAUUUUUAAAGCAUGCUUCCAUCUUGUCGGUGUGUGCAUGAGCACUGACAUUUUGAAUAUUCAGAUUAUUUAUUGCUAACACACAUAGAAAUCCUUUUUGUAAAUAUGUCCAAAAUAAAAGAAACAUCAAAUCAUUUCUAUGCAGGUUCCUUAAAAGCACAGUAUUUAGUUUGCCUGUGGUAAAUAAUAUCUUGUAGAUCAACUGGCUAAUGAAUUGCAUAUGUGGAUAAUAAACAGAUCCUGAAAAAUGUUGUACUGUCCUCUUAACAGCGUAAUGUUGCUGUGAGUAUGUAACCUUUGUGGAAUAUUGUAGAUUUUAGUGAUAAGUUAAUAAAGAGCUUUAAUUUUUUUUAUCCUCUGCCUUUUUAAUGGCAGCAUCACUUUUUAUUAAAGUUGUUUGGUUAUUCUAA